AUCCCCUGCUUCCGUGACACGACGACAAGCGAAACAGAGCACCCCACUACCCAAGAGAGAACCCAGACACGCCUCCGGCCACCAGCCGAUCGCGACGAUGCUGCGCGCGGCGGGGAAGAGGCUGAUCGGCGCAGCGGGGAUCCGCACAGCGGCCGCCGGAGACUCCCCCGGCGCGGCGCUGGGGGCGGUGGCGGCGAGGAGGGGGUACCACGAGCGGGUGGUGGACCACUACAGCAACCCGCGCAACGUGGGGGCGUUCGACAAGGACGACGCCGACGUCGGCACGGGGCUCGUCGGCGCGCCCGCCUGCGGGGACGUCAUGAAGAUGCAGAUCCGCGUGGACCAGGCCUCCGGCAGGAUCGUCGACGCCUGCUUCAAGACCUUCGGCUGCGGCUCCGCCAUCGCAUCCUCCUCCGUCGCCACUGAGUGGGUGAAGGGAAAGCAGAUGGAGGAAGUGGUAGCGAUCAAGAACACAGAGAUCGCCAAGCAUCUGUCGCUGCCGCCGGUGAAGCUCCACUGCAGCAUGCUCGCCGAGGACGCCAUCAAGGCCGCAGUCAAGGACUACGAGGCCAAGAAGACGAAGGCGGCUAAGGCAGAGGAGUAGUUCGUCAGUCAGAAGCAUAGGAAGCAACACAUCAUGUACAUAUACUGCAUAAUAAAGAGACGGAGAAAGAGAGGUUGUGCUGAUGGUGUUGUAGUAUUUAACAAAACCGGUGUGAACAAUAAGCAUUGUGUUCUGUGUAGUGUACUGUAUGUUGUAAUCAAUCUCCCGUGUGUUCGCUCCAAGCUACCGGCUUUGGUCGUGCAUGGCACAAGUAAAAAUGCAGAAAAUUCAGAGGAA